AUGUCUUUGACAAUUCAGCUCGAGACCCCCACCACGGGCAAGUACGACCAGCCCACCGGUCUGUUCAUCAACAACGAGUUCGUCAAGGGUGUUGACGGCAAGACUUUCGAGGUCAUCAACCCCUCCAACGAGAAGGUUAUCUGCUCGGUGCACGAGGCCAGCGAGAAGGAUGUCGACAUUGCUGUUGCAGCUGCCCGCAAGGCUUUCGAGGGUGACUGGCGCAAGGUUACUCCUAAUGACCGCGGCAAGCUCCUCGUCAAGCUUGCUGAUCUCUUCGAUGAGCACUCGGACAAGCUCGCCGCUAUUGAGUCCCUCGACAACGGCAAGGCUUUCACAAUGGCANAGGGUGAUGUUGCUGCUGCCUCUGGCUGCUUGAGAUACUACGGUGGUUGGGCAGACAAGAUUGAGGGUAAGGUUGUCGACACCAGCCCUGACACUUUCAACUACAUCAAGAAGGAGCCUGUAAGUCUUGAUUCCAUGAUCAUCAAUCGUUCGACACUGACAACUCUGCUAGNNAUUGGUGUUUGCGGUCAAAUUAUUCCCUGGAACUUCCNNCCCCUCCUCAUGUGGGCAUGGAAGAUCGGUCCCGCCAUUGCUUGUGGUAACACCGUCGUCCUCAAGACCGCCGAGCAGACCCCCCUGUCUGGUCUCUACGCUGCCAACCUGUGCAAGGAAGCUGGCUUCCCUCCCGGUAUUGUCAACGUUAUCUCUGGUUUCGGAAAGAUUGCUGGUGCCGCCAUCGCCUCGCACAUGGACGUUGACAAGGUUGCCUUCACCGGCUCCACCCUCGUUGGAAGACAAAUCAUGAAGGCCGCUGCUGGCAGCAACCUGAAGAAGGUCACCCUCGAGCUUGGUGGCAAGUCACCCAACAUUGUCUUUGACGAUGCCGACAUUGACAACGCCAUCUCAUGGGUCAACUUUGGUAUCUUCUUCAACCACGGCCAGUGCUGCUGUGCUGGUUCAAGAGUUUACGUCCAGGAGGGUAUCUACGACAAGUUCGUCCAGCGCUUCAAGGAGCGUGCUCAGAAGAACGUUGUUGGUGACCCCUUCGCUGCCGACACUUUCCAGGGUCCUCAGGUCUCGCAACUCCAGUUCGACAGAAUCAUGGGGUAUGUAUUCUCACAUUCGUCCUUGAGACAGAAACACAGCAUGCUGACAUUAAAUAGUUACAUCAAGGCCGGUCAAGACGAGGGUGCCACCGUCGUCACUGGUGGUAAGCGCAAGGGUAACGAGGGUUACUUCAUCGAGCCCACCAUCUUCGCCGACGUCAAGGACGACAUGAGCAUUAUGCAAGAAGAGAUCUUCGGUCCCGUCUGCUCUAUUGCCAAGUUCAAGACCAAGGAAGACGCCAUCCGCGUUGGCAACAACACCACAUACGGUCUCGCCGCCGCCGUCCACACAUCCAACCUCAACACCGCCAUUGAGGUUUCCAACGCCCUCAAGGCUGGUACCGUUUGGGUCAACACAUACAACACUCUUCACUGGCAGCUUCCCUUCGGUGGCUUCAAGGCUUCGGUAUGUGUAUUUCGAUACCCUCCCCACAUGAAACCUAUACUAACUGUAUUGAUUAGGNGUAUUGGCCGUGAACUUGGUGAGGCUGCUCUUGACAACUACCUCCAGACCAAGACCGUCAGCAUCAGACUCGGCGAUGCCAUGUUCGGUUAA